AUGGCAAUCAAAGCUAAUGACAAUAAUAAUAGGCUAAGUAUCAUCAUCAUUCCUUUGUUCUUGAUGGUCGUGUUUUGUUCUGUUUGUUUGUGUGAUGAGAAUAACCGCAGAAACAAGAAGGUGGUGAUCAACUCGUGCAGCAGGGGACGAUGCAGAUCAGAUGGAGUUCAAGUUCAGAGAAGCAUCAUCUAUGGAUACUUGGUUUGCCAUAAGAGAACCUUCCACCUCACCAGACAACUCAAUAAUAAAAAGGAAAGGGACGAAGAGAAAGAAAGCGAGCACGAUAGGGAACGUCAAGAGGAAGAACAAGAGCACGAUAAGGAGCGUGAAGAAGAAGAAAGUGAGCACCAGAAAGAACGCGAUGAAGAAGAAAGUGAGCACCAAAAAGAACGAGAAGAAGAAGGAGGAGGAGGAGGAGGAACGACGUCGUAA